UCUUGCACAGCGCGACCAUUGCAAGUGAGCGAGCGGAUUUUAGUCUAUAAUUAUACAGGCUGGAAACGGAUUUUCAUACGUCGUCAUGCUGUACAGCUUUUAAAUCUACGGUCGAUGACACCUGCGUUUUUGUCUUGAAGUUUCGCCGAUCGCGAACAGUUGGGACUGCAUUCCUUCGCUCUGGAGUCCAGACCUGCAGCGUUUUUCAGAGUUAGUGAGAGAGCUAGAGAGAGAGGGGGUCCCCGUUCCUACCUGCUGUCUUUGCGUGUAACUUCUGAACUAUUCUCCAGCCCAGUCAAACAUUCUUCUGGUUGGCUUUGCCCAGUGUUGUCGUUUAUCUGAAACAUCGGAAAAUCAAUAAUGAUAUCUGAGAAUCGAUUAGUUUUGAACUAGAAAGAUUCUGCAUUUAAGUUCUGCCCCAUUGGAUUGAAUGCCUUGUAUGCGGUGACUAUGGCUUUACAAUGGAUCCUCGUAGCCGCUUUGGCUGGAAUUCUUCUCACCGCCACUUCAGAAAUACAUGGAGCAUGUCUCUAUCAGGGAUCUCUGUUCGCGAACAACACGUCGUGGAGACCAGACUCCUGUCAGGAGUGUACAUGCUAUAGUGACAUCACCAUCUGUAAACCUGUUACCUGCCUCAACCCACACUGUGACUUCCAGAGGGGAGAGCGGUUGAGGAUCCCUCCCAACCAGUGUUGUCCACAGUGCCUGCCCUCCUCCCAGGGCUCUUGUCAGCAUAAAGAAGCUGUUUAUGGGCAUGACAGUCAGUGGAGUGCCCCCCAGUGCCAGGUGUGUGUGUGUUCUGGGGGUAGUGUAUCCUGUAGACAGAGACCCUGUCCUCCUCUCAGCUGCCCCCCAGACCAGACUGCCUUCACCCCCGCCGGAGACUGCUGCCCCAAGUGUGCCCGUCAUGGAGCAUCCUGUUCCUGGGAGGACCAUGAGUACAGGGAUGGGGAGGAGUGGAGUCCCAGCCCGUGCUCUAAGUGUGUGUGUGAUAACGGACUACCUCAGUGCUAUGCAGCAGAGUGCCAACCUGUCGCCUGCAAACCGCUCGAUAAUCUGGUGAUCCAGCCAGGACACUGCUGCCCACAAUGUGUCCCCAACCCUUGCCUCUCUGCUGGGAAGGAGUACAAGCAUGGUGAGCAGUGGCAGAAGAGUGGCUGCACCAGGUGUGUGUGUGAUCAUGGCCAGUCUCGCUGUCACACACACACCUGUCCACCCAGGACCUGUGAGAAGGGCCAGACCAAGGUAAAGAGGGCGGGGCAGUGUUGUGACGAGUGUGUCGCCGCCAAAGGAAGCUGUCUGUACGAGCUCACCGUGCGUUACCACGGUGACAUGUGGAACGGCACCGGCUGCGAGUUCUGCACCUGCGAGAGAGGACAGGUCCUCUGCCAGAGAGCCCAGUGUGCCCGAGUAGAAUGCCCGACGGGAUCAGAGCUGGUCCACCUACCAGGGAAGUGCUGCCCCGAGUGUCAGUCUAUGAAGACCUCUUGUGUCUACCCACAUCAGUCCUCUGGGAAGGAACAGAGGCGACUAGCGAACCUGGAGAGGUGGAGUGAGGGCCCAUGCAGGGAGUGUGAGUGUCGUGAGGGCAGGGUGACCUGCUUCCUGGCGUCCUGUCUCACCUGUCCCCUGGGGAUGCUGGCUGUGCCUCGUCAGGGACAGUGCUGCCCAGAGUGUAAACAGGCUGUUAGUUGCCAGAGGGACUGCCUGUCUUGCUCGGGGACCCCUGACCACUGUGAGAGCUGUAAGGACUCUACCGCUCUGCUUCUGGACGGACGCUGUGUAUCCACCUGUCCACGUGGUUUCUAUGCCAACGGGAAAGCGUGCGCAGCCUGCCAGUCGUCCUGUGCCACCUGUGAGAAAGACUAUGAAUGCUCUUCCUGUGGGGGGUCCUUGCUAUUAAACAACAGGCAGUGCGUGGCCACCUGUGAGCCGGGGUCCUACAAGGACCACACACAGUGCCUGCGUUGCCAUGCAUCCUGUUCAGUGUGCUCAGGGCCGAGCCAGCAGGACUGUGUGAGGUGUUCUGACCCGUCUCACCUCCUCAGAGAUGGACUCUGUGUCCCAGACUGUGACCAGGGCUACUACACACAGCACGGAACCUGUUAUGCAUGUGAUUCGUCCUGCUCUUCCUGUUACCCUGACAACCCCAAGUGCACGAGCUGCCCCCAGGGCUCUGCUAUGCAUCAUGGGAAAUGUAUUUCCCACUGUCCAGAACAGCAUUACAUAGACGACCAUGGACGCUGUAGAGCCUGUCACAGCUCCUGCUGGUCGUGCUCCGGCCCCACUGUGUCCCAGUGUACCCUCUGUUCCCAGGGACUGUCCCUACACCAGGGCCAGUGUCUGGAGGCCUGCGGAGAUGGGCUGUACCACCAGGAUCAGACCUGUCAUAUCUGCCAUCCAUCUUGUAGGGGAUGUCUAGGUCCUCUGGCCUCUGACUGUCUGAGGUGUCUCAAACCACAGGAGGCCCUGCUGCCGCAGAACAGUCACACACACAGAGCAAGGCCACACGGAGUGUGUGUGGACAGAUGUCCCGCUCGCUUCUACCUGGAUGCUCAACACAGCUGCAGAGAAUGCCACACUUCAUGUUUACAGUGCACCGGAGGAAGUGGUCAGAACUGCACUUCUUGUGCCCCGCCCUACGUCCUCCAGGACGGCCAGUGUGUUCUCAGAUGUCCCCCAGGCUUCAACAUCCAGGAUAACACCUGCCAAGGGUGCCACCCGUCCUGCCAGGAGUGUAGCGGGCCGUCCAAGGCUGACUGUGUGUCCUGCCCCCCCCUGGCCAAAUUCCACAAUGGGUACUGCACUACCAGCUGUCCUGAGGGAGAGUUCCUACACCCCCAAGGAUACUGCCAGGAAUGCAACAGUGAUUGCCUGCGCUGUGCAGCGGACCUACGAACGGGCGUGGGCAGUGUGUGUCUGUGGUGUAAGGCUGUCAGGACCCUGUUGCUAGAAGACCACUGUGUCACCCACUGUCCCCUCGGCCACUACCCCUGGCACGGGGCCUGCAAGAGAUGCCAUGCUUCCUGUGAGGGCUGCAGUGGGGAGGGGCCUCUGUCCUGUACCUCCUGUCCCGCCCCCAACUUUCUGUUGACCUCAGGGCUGUGUGCCCCCACCUGCCCGCUGGGUUACUAUGCCGAAGGAGACAGACGCUGCAGAGCAUGUGGCAGCCAGUGUCUAUCCUGUGAGAUGGGAGGAGUGUGUACGUCGUGCCGUGACCCGGGCAAGGUUCUGAUGUUCGGGGAGUGCCAGUACGACAGCUGUGCCCAUCAGUACUACCUCAACACCACCAUCCGCACUUGCAGAGAGUGUGAUUGGAGCUGUAAUGAAUGUGAGGGUCCUCUGCGUACUGACUGUCUCCAGUGCAUGGAAGGACACGUUCUUCAGGAUGGACUCUGCACCCAGGGCUGCUCCCCAGGGUCCUACCAGAAUGGGGAGAGAUGCCUCAGUUGUGAUGAACACUGUGAAGUGUGCCACGGGCCAGGCCAGUGUGGGCGAUGCCAGACUCCUUAUUCCACCCUGCAGGGCCACUGUGUGUUGGAGUGUGGGAGGACAUUCUUCUUGGACUCCUCUCUGAAGCUCUGUACACCAUGCUCAGCUGACUGUGUGGAGUGUGAGGGGAUGGGUCGCUGCACCGUGUGCAGACAAAACACUUACCUAAGAGAUGGAUACUGUACUCCAGACUGUGGACACGGUUUCUAUAGUGACAAGAAGAGCAGGACUUGCCAUGCUAACAGCCAGCCCCCAACCCUGCAUAUCAGUAGCUCUCUGCUGGUACCAAUUGGAGGGACUAAACCCCUGGACUCAACCAUACUCUCUGCCCAGGAUCAAGACAGCCCUCCAGAGAGCUUGGUUUUCCAGCUGCUGCAGCCCCCUGCUACAGGCCGUAUGGUUGUCCUAGAGGGGGGCAGGGAGAUAGAGAUGUCCCGAGAUGACACCUUCUCCUGGGCACAGCUACAGAGCAGACAGGUCCGCUUCACUCACGACAAGGACCAGGCCAAGAGUGGACAGUUCACCCUGCGUGUAGCUGACCCCCAGCUCUUUUCCCAACCAGAGACCAUUCAGGUCCAGGCAGUGUCGAUGCAGCCCCCACAGAUUCUUACCAACAAUCCUUUGCUGGUGGGCGGAGGGGAGACGGCGAUCAUCUCCAAGGCCGUGCUUCAGAUCGACGACCCAGACAACCCUCAGGAUGUCCUGGUCAUGGUUCUGGACCCGCCCCAACAUGGCCGCCUGACCCGUCUCAAUGGCGACCUGGCGCUGAGCCAGUUCAAGAUGGAGGAGUUGUCACGGGAACAGGUGCAGUAUGUCCAUGAUGGGUCGCCGGGGCAACGGGACAGGAUGCUGCUACAGGUCAACGAUGGAAACAGCUACCAGAACAUUCUAAUGCAGAUCAGCAUUACUCAGAAGCUUACCCAGGCUCCUCGUGUUCUGUCGGUGCCCGUCACGUGGGUGAGAGAGGGAGGCAUGGUACAGUUGGGGAAGAGGUAUCUGAGGACAGAGUAUCAGGGUGCCAGCGAUGACCAGAUAAUUUACACCAUAGUGAGCUCCAAAGGAAGCCCCAAAUACGGUGAAGUGCUGUUGGUGCCAAUGCCAGCCGACGGCCCGUUGGAAGGCUGGCAGCCCUCGCCCGACGACAGGAGCUCUACCCCCACCUCCUCCUUCACUCAGCAGGAUGUGAAUGAAGGCACUGUGUGGUACAAACACUUUGGCACCACCGGCUUGACGGAAGGAGACACCUUCCUGUUCCAGGUGUCUAGUGAGGGGUCCCCAGACACGCUCAGUGAUGCUCAGACCUUCACCAUCGGAGUGAUGCCUGAACUACCAGGGUUCCCCCAGCUGGCCCCCGCCUGCGACCUACAGAUAACGGCGCUGGAAGAUCGUGUGACCGUGCUAACACCCACAGCUUUGUCCUUUGUGGACUCUGAGACGCCCAGUGAAAAGCUUGUCUACAACAUCACCAAGCCCCUACCUCAGGGACAAGGUUCUUUGGAGCAUCGUGACAGACCCUACAACCCAGUGUCCUUAUUCACCCAAGCUGAUGUCAACCAGGGCCGGAUCCUGUACCGCCCUCCGCAGCCCCCCUCUCACCUCCAGGAGCUCUACCAGUACUCCUUCACUGGUCUGCCAGAGUCGCUGAAUCUUUAUUUCACAGUGUCGGACGGGGAACACACCACUCCAGAGAUUGACUUUUCCAUCCACCUGUUGGCCAACUACCAGCACCCUCCAGUGUUUCAGAUCCUUGACCCUGUCCUGGAGGUUAGCAUGGGUGGGCGAACACCCAUAGGUGGGCAGCAGCUGGCAGUAACUGAUGCAGAUACAGCUCCUGAUGAGUUGGAGUUUCAGCUGGUGGAAGGACCGGUCCAUGGAACCUUGCUCAAGAUGGAGUUUGACUCACAGACUGAGAUGAUGAAUGGUGACACGUUCUCCUUCAGUGACGUGACCCGUAACGUUUUGCAGUAUGAACACUCUGGCCUGUCCACCGACGAGGACGCCAUCACCUUUACCGUUACCGAUGGCUUCUCCAUGACGACGGCGGUGGUACAGGUGGUUGUGUUGGGCGUCGGGGGCGACGGGCCCAGGAGAGACCCAGAGGCCCUGCUGUCCAUGGAGGUUCCUGAAAAAAGUAGUAGUGUCAUCAGACGCAGUCACCUGGGUUAUACGAGCGACACCUCUCCAGAUGAGAAGAUACGUAUUCAGCUGGUGUCAGUUCCUAUGUACGGCAUCCUGACCAGGACCGGGUCAGACUCAGACCACCAGGAGAUGACAGAGUACUCCUCUUUCACCUUGGACGACAUCAACAAACACAGGAUCAGCUACAUCACUUCCUUUGAGAUAGGAAGUCAGCCGGUGACGGACAUCUUCCAUUUCAUUGUUUACGACGGUGAGAACAAUCGCCUUGACAACCAGAUGUGUACCAUCACCAUCACCUCCAUGAAGAGACAGCCUCCAGUGGUCACUGUCCGCAGUGGCAUCAAGGUCCAGGAAGGAGGAAGAGUCCAGCUGUCAACCAAUCACAUCAUUGUAUCAGAUCUGGACACACCCAAGAAGGACCUGCUGGUGUGGAUGAUCAGCUCGCCCAAAUAUGGCUUCAUUGAGAACACGAGACGAAGAGUGGGCUCGUUGGGCGGUUCAAAUACCCGCGUCAUCAGUCCAGAGGUUCCCUUCUCCAUGGACGACCUGACCACUGACCACAUCUUCUACGUUCAGAACGUCCAGAACACGGACCACCACUACCAGGACACCUUCUCCUUCUACAUCAGUGAUGGGUCCAGUCAGACAGAGGCCUUCAAUGUCAACAUCGAUAUACUGCAGACUAAAGAGGAGAUGGAGCCGGUGGUAUCAGUGAACAGAGUCCAGGUGGAGCAGAACUCAGGAGUGGUCAUCACUAACUCCUCUCUCAACGUCCUGGACCAGGACACACCAGACAACGACAUCAUCAUCACCGUCACCAAGCAACCUGCCUACGGCAAGCUGCGUAGACGCCAGUUCUACUCCCAGCCUCUGGAGAACGGUCGGAUCCUGUCUCAGGGGUCCACGUUCACCUACCAGGACGUGGUGGACCUGCUUCUGGUGUACACCCCUGACGCGGCCAGCGGGGGCAGUGAUGAGCUCGCCUUCUCUCUGACCGACGGCGUCCACGUCGCCACCGGACGACUCACCUUCACCAUAGACGUCAGGAAGAGCGAAGGACCAAGGAUGACUGUGAAUAGAGGCCUGCAGCUGGCCGCAGGCUCAGCGGCUAAGAUUACUGAACAGAACCUGAAGGGAUCAGAUUCAGACUCAGACAGCCUGAAGCUGAGGUACAUCCUCACCAAAGACCCUCCAGUAGGAAGACUACAGCUUUCUAAAGGAGGAGGAGGAGGAGGACAGGACAAGAUGUCUGUUAAAGGACCUGUCAACAGCUUCACACAGGAGGAGGUCAACAAAGGUCUUUUGGAGUACAGUCAUGAGAAGGGAGAGAAAGGAGGGAGCGUCUCCUUCAAGUUCAACCUGGUGGAUCCAGAGGGCAACAAACUGAUCGACCAGUCUUUCUUCAUCAGUGUACUAGAGGACCACCUGCCCCCCUCUGUGGUAAUGAAUAAAGGUCUGGUGGUUGAUGAGAACUCAGUGAAGAAGCUGACUACUCUCCAGCUGUCGGCUACAGACCAGGACAGUGAGCCUGGAGAACUGGUGUAUCGCAUCACCAAGCAGACUGCACUGGGACACCUGGAGCACGCCAGCAACCCAGGAACACGCAUCACGUCCUUCUCCCAGGCUGAUCUGACCUCCCGCAGUGUCCAGUACGUUCACACCAGCGAAGAAGAGAAGCAUGCGGACCAGUUCUCCUUUAUCGUGUCUGACGGCGCUAACGAGGUUGCCCAGACGUUCUACAUCACCAUCAGGCCGGUGGAUGACUCCCUCCCCCUGCUGGUGGUUCCUGGGAUGAGGGUUCAGGAGGGGGUCAGGAAGACCAUCACUGAGUUUGAACUGAAGGCCACCGACGCUGACACAGAGGAGGAGUCCAUCACCUUCACCAUCGUCCAGGCUCCCCGUCACGGCACCAUGGAGCGGACCAACAACGGACAGCACUACCGUCAGACCAACAGCUUCACCAUGGACGACAUCUACCAGAACAGAAUCAGCUACAACCACGAUGGAUCCAACUCACUGAAGGACAGAUUCACCUUCACUGUAGCUGACGAGACUAAUGUCUUCUUUAUGGUGGAGGAGGCAGGCAAAGAGGUGUUGACGGCUGCACCACAAAAGUUUAAGAUUGACAUUCUGCCAGUGGAUGAUGGAACACCUCGUAUCGUCACAAACCUGGGUCUGCAGUGGCUGGAGUACAUGGACAACAAGGCCACCAACCUGAUCAGUAAGAAGGAGCUGUUGACCAUGGACCCAGACACCGAUGAUGGUCAGCUGGUCUAUGAGGUCACUGCAGAGCCUAAACACGGCUACCUGGAGAGCAAACUGAAACCUGGGGCUCCUAUCACCUCCUUCACACAAGCUGACGUUAACCUGGGCUUGAUCCGCUACGUGCUCCACGAGGAGAGCGUGACAGAGACCGUGGACAACUUUAAGUUCCUGGUGAAGGACAGCAAGCCCAACGUUGUCUCUGAUAACCUGUUCCAUAUCCAGUGGUCCCUCAUCAGCUUCCAGUACAGGAGCUACAAUGUGAGUGAGAAGGCUGGCACGGUGUCAGUCACAGUGAAGAGGACGGGCAACCUGAACCAGUACGCCAUCGUGCUGUGUCGUACGGAACAGGGCACCGCCACCUCCACCUCCAGCGUGGGCUCUCGUCCCGGGCAGCAGGACUACGUGGAGUACGCUGGACAGGUCCAGUUUGAUGAGCGGGAGGACACCAAGGUGUGUACCAUAGUGAUCCAGGAUGACAAGGUGUUUGAAGGUGUGGAGAGUUUCCAGGUGGAGCUGAGCAUGCCCGUCUACGCCCUCCUGGGUCAGGUGACCCGCGCCAGCGUCAACAUCAACGACACCGAAGACGAACCCACGCUGCAGUUUGACAAGAAGAUCUACCACGUCAACGAGAGUACCGGGUUCAUACACGCCCCCAUAGAGAGGAAAGGUGACACCAGCAGUACGGUCUCGGCUCUCUGUUACACGGCCCCUAAGUCAGCUAAGGGAAGCAGUCCACACGGCCUGGAGUCUGGCUCUGACUAUAAGAGUCGAGGUAUGACUGGUGACAGCAGGGUCAUCUUCGGCCCCGGCGUCUCCAUGUCCACCUGCGACGUCAAGCUCAUCGACGACAGCGAAUACGAACUCUCAGAGGAGUUUGAGCUCCACCUAUCAGACGCCUCGGAUAACGCCCGCAUGGGUGAUGUUAAAGUGGCAAAGGUGGUCAUUGACGGGCCAAACGAUGCUUCGACGGUAUCCCUGGGCAACGCUACGUUUACGUUCAGCGAGGACGCUGGCACCAUAGAGAUUCCUGUGUUGCGGCAGGGGAGUGACCUGUCGUCAGUGACCUCUGUGUGGUGUGCCACGCGCCCCUCUGACCCCCCCUCUGCCACCCCCGGGGUCGACUACAUCCCCUCCUCCAGGAAGGUGGAGUUCAAAGCUGGCAAGACUAUGGAGACGUGCAGUCUGACCAUCAUGGAUGACAUUCAGAACCCGGCCAUUGAGGGGGCGGAGGCUUUUGUAGUGUUCCUCUCCUCCCCUCAGGGGGCGGUGCUCCUCGAACCCUUCGAAGCCUCCGUGGUCAUCACUGAUACCUUGGAUCUACCCAGCAUGCAGUUCGAGAAGACGGCAUACAAGGUGAAGGAGAAGGAGGGCGUGCUGAACAUCCCCGUCGUUCGAACGGGAGACCUGACGGUCAAGUCCUCUGUCCGCUGCUUCACGCGCACCAUGUCUGCCAUGGUGAUGGACGACUUUGAGGAGAGGAGGAACGCAGACGACUCACGGAUCUCCUUCCUCCAGGGAGAGAAGGUAAAAAACUGCACGGUGCACAUCAAUGACGACUCUGUGUUCGAGCCAGAGGAGGAGUUCCAGGUGCAUCUUGGGACGCCUCUGGGGGACCACUGGAGCGGGGCCAUGGUGGGAGUUAGUGACAUUGUCACGGUAACCAUCACUAACGACGAGGACGCCCCCACCAUAGAGUUUGAGCAGACGUCGUACCAGGUGAGGGAGCCCCCCGGGCCAGACGGCAUCGAGGUGCUUCACAUCAAGGUGGUCAGGACAGGAGACCAGGACCGCACCUCCAAGGUCCGCUGUAGUACCCGGGACGGAUCAGCCCAGUCCGGAGUGGACUACAACCCCAAGAGCAGGGUCCUCAAAUUCACCCCUGGCAUGGACCACAUCCUGUUCAAAGUGGAGAUUCUGUCCAAUGAGGACAGGGAGUGGCACGAAUCCUUCUCAUUGGUCCUCGGUCCUGACGAUCCGGUGGAGGCGGUGCUUGGAGAGAUCACCACGGCAACAGUCACCAUCCUGGACCAGGAAGCAGCAGGGAGUCUCAUUCUCCCGGCCACGCCCAUCGUGGUAUCUCUGUCAGACUAUGACAACGUGGCUGAGGUGUCUAAGGAGGGCAGUAAGAAGCAGCCUGCGCCUGGCUACCCCUUGGUGUGUGUGACGCCCUGUGACCCGCACUACUCCAAAUACUCUGUGAUGAGGGAGCGCUGCGACGAGGCAGGCAUCAACCAGACCUCUGUUCACUUCUCCUGGGAGGUGGCUGCCCCUACAGACACCAACGGGGCCAGGUCACCUUUCGAGACCGUCACUGAUAACACACCCUAUACUGGUGUUAACCAUAUGGUCCUGGACAGUAUCUAUUUCUCUCGGAGGUUCCAUGUGCGCUGUGUGGCCCAGGCCCGGGACAAGUCCGGCCAUCUUGGAACACCCCUGAGGAGUAACAUAGCAACCAUCGGCACCGAGGGUUCCAUAUGCCACACCCCUGUUACCACGGGAACAGCCCGAGGGUUCCAGGCCCAGUCGUUCAUCGCCAGUCUGAAGUAUCUGGAUGUUAAACACAAGGAGCACCCCAACCGUAUCCACAUCUCGGUGCAGAUCCCCCACCAGGACGGUAUGCUGCCCCUAGUGUCCAGCAUGCCCCUCCACAACCUGCACUUCCUGCUGUCGGAGUCCAUCUACAGACAACAGCACAUCUGUUCAAACCUGGUCACUCUCAAAGACCUGCAGGGGGUCUCUGAGACGGGUUUCCUGGAUGAUGUCCAGUAUGACAGUAUCUCUCUGGGUCCGGGUUAUGACAGACCCUACCAGUUCAACCCCGGUGUCCGAGAGGCUAAGAGCAUCCAGCUGUAUAAACACCUCAACCUGAAGAGCUGCAUCUGGACCUUCGAUGCCUACUACGACAUGACGGAACUCAUCGAUGUCUGUGGAGGCUCAGUCACUGCCGACUUCCAGGUGCGUGACUCGGCCCAGUCGUUCCUGACGGUGCAGGUUCCUCUCUAUGUGUCGUAUAUCUAUGUAACAGCUCCCAGGGGCUGGGCUUCACUGGAACACCACACUGAAAUGGAGUUCUCUUUCUUCUAUGACACCGUGCUCUGGAGGACAGGCAUCCAGACAGACAGCGUUCUGUCAGCCAGACUCCAGAUCAUCAGGAUCUACAUAAGAGAAGAUGGCCGUCUGGUCAUCGAGUUCAAAACACACGCCAAGUUCAGGGGCCAGUUUGUCCCCGAGCACCACACUCUGCCUGGGCACAAGUCCCACCUGAUGGUCCCGGACCACCUAGGGGGGAUCGAGUUCGACAUGCAGCUUAUCUGGAGCGCCCAGUCCUUUGAUUCUCCCUACCAGCUCUGGAAAGCCACCUCCUCUUACAGCAGGAAAGACUACUCUGGAGAGUACACAGUGUUUCUGAUCCCCUGUACCGUGCAGCCAACCCAACCAUGGACCGACCCUGGAGACAAGCCUCUGUCCUGCACUGCCCAUGCCCCAGAGAAGUUCCAACUACCUAUAGCCUUCCAGCAGACCAACCGACCGGUGCCUGUCGUGUACAGCCUCAACACAGAGUUUCAGCUGUGCAACAAUGAGAAGGUGUUCAUGAUGGACCCAGCCGUCGCUGACAUGUCCAUGGCUGAGAUGGACUACAAGGGAGCCUUCUCUAUGGGCCAGACAUUGUAUGGCAGGGUGCUGUGGAACCCAGAGCAGAACCUGAACUCAGCCUACAAGCUGCAGCUGGAGAAGGUGUAUCUGUGUACAGGACGGGAUGGAUACGUGCCCUUCUUCGAUCCCACGGGGACUCUGUACAACGAGGGCCCUCAGUACGGCUGCAUCCAGACCAACAAACAGCUCAAACACAGGUUUCUGAUUCUGGAUCGGAAGCAGCCUGACGUCUGUGACAGGUACUUCCAUGACGUUCCCUUCGAAGCCAAUUUUGCGUCGGAUAUCACCGAAUUACAGACCAUGACAGCCAUACCUGGUGUUGAUGGAUUUACCAUGAAAGUUGAUGCCCUGUACAAGGUGGAGGCGGGGCAUCAGUGGUACCUUCAGGUGAUCUACGUGAUUGGUCCUGAGUCCAUAUCCGGCCCCAGGAUUCAGCGUUCUCUGACCUAUCAGCUCACCCACAGCAGCGGCGGGGGGCGGACUCGCCGGGAUCUGGUCAAUCAGCUGAGCCAAAGCAUCGGGCACAGCCGUGCUCGCCGGGACCUUGUUGACCACAGCGGACGUCUCACUCUAGACCAGUCUCUGAUAUAUGACAACGAGGGUGACCAGACGAAGAACGGAACCAACAUGAAGACUCUCCGCCUCGAGGUCCCCGCUGCCUCAUCCUUUAACCCCCAGAUGGGCGGUUCGGUGGGCGGGGGCGUGGCCGCACUAACCCUAUUGGUCCUCGUCCUGCUCGCUUCAUGUUUACUCUUCAGGAAGUGCCGCCGAUCGGCUGGUAAGAAGCCACCCCAGAAGGCAGAGGAGUACCCUCUGAACACCAAGGUAGAGGUGUGUUUGGAGAGGACCCUGGAGAAGAACUUCAGCUCGAAACACUGCACCGUCAGGAACAUCAACAUCAACCGGAACUACGACAACGUCAACUCCAAGGUCAACAGAGGCGCAAAGGUCAACGGAGGGGCGAAAGUCAAGCAGGUCAACCUGGAGGUCAAGCUCCACAACAACCUCCACAACGACGGCACCGAGGUCUGAGGAUCCCCACCACCUCCCACCAUUGUUUACCCUGGCGAGAUCAUUUCCCCACUUGGGGUGCCAACGUUGAACUAGUAGAAGUAACAGUUCUACUCAAGGGGAAACAUCUACCGGAAUGGAGGAGUAUUUUAUGAGACAUCUAAAAGAAAUGUCAUUUUCUAAAAAGCGUUUGUUUGUACUUCUGGAAUAAAAUAUUGUUUGUUAAUGUAUUUUUAUAUGACCGUGAUGAGAGAUAAAAGGGAAGAGUUGUUUUUGACGGCCAGCUAUGCAGCGUUUAUUCAAAUCAUUUCAAAACUGGGCUACCUCAGGAAUAGGGAAACGAGUGAACAACUAUCGAACUAUGGCGUAAAAACAUGAUUGAUUGUGUCAUUAUUUGAAUCUAUUUGGGUCUCUUUAGUUUUUUUCUUUCUUUGUGUUUUCAACUUGUCAUCGUUGACGAACGACGAGAGAAUCAGUCAAGGGAAAUCUGCUGCCUUGUUUUCGCUUUAUGUUUCCAUGACAACAACAACGCCAAAAUGAUCAACGUAUGGUAGCACUUUGCUUCCAGCUUUGUCUUGAAUAAUUUGAAUAGUUCAGUUAUAGCUCGGCUGCAUUAUUUAAUCACAGUGCCAUAAUAUGACUAUGAAAGUAUGAAACACAGUCAGGACACCAAUCCUAACUCCACUUUCGUUCAUCAUUCAUUCAUUUCAAUGGAAGAUUUGCACAAAAACCUUAGGAUGCAGGCCUAUAGCGUGUUAUGGUCUUCUGCCCACAACUGAAUGAGCAGUGUUGUAAUUUAUAUAUUUUCAAGUGCAAUUAAAUCCAUGAACACACUCUCUCCUCAAACUAAGUUCUCUGCAUGUGGAACUAAGAUCCAGCCUAGUAAU